UACGACAAAGUAACAGCAAGCAUGGCGUCCUCGUACUAUCAGGAGAUGCAGGAUAUUUUCAGGAAUAACAAUAAAAGCAGAGAGUUCCCGGCGCAUAGCGCUAAAGUGCAUUCAGUAGCCUGGAGCUGCGAUGGGAAAAGACUGGCGUCCGGAUCAUUUGAUAAAACCGCCAGUGUGUUUGUCCUGGAAAAGGAUCGUCUAGUGAAGGAAAACAACUACAGAGGGCACGGAGACAGUGUGGAUCAGCUGUGUUGGCAUCCCACCAACCCUGAUCUGUUCGUCACUGCAUCAGGAGACAAAACCAUACGCAUCUGGGAUGUGCGGACCACCAAAUGCAUGGCCACAGUCAGCACAAAAGGGGAGAAUAUCAACAUAUGUUGGAGUCCAGAUGGUCAAACCAUUGCUGUAGGGAAUAAGGAUGAUGUUGUAACUUUCAUUGAUGCUAAGACACACCGUGCACGUGGUGAGGAGCAGUUCAAGUUUGAGGUCAAUGAGAUCUCCUGGAAUAAUGACAAUGACAUGUUCUUUCUGACAAACGGCAAUGGCUGCAUCAACAUAUUGAGCUACCCUGAUCUCAAACUCAUUCAGUCCAUAAAUGCCCAUCCAUCCAACUGUAUCUGCAUUAAGUUUGAUCCCACUGGAAAGUAUUUUGCCACAGGAAGUGCAGAUGCCCUGGUCAGUCUGUGGGAUGUGGAAGAGCUGGUGUGUGUCCGCUGCUUCUCAAGACUUGACUGGCCCGUGCGAACACUUAGUUUUAGUCAUGAUGGUAAAAUGCUGGCGUCGGCGUCCGAGGAUCAUUUUAUUGAUAUUGCAGAAGUGGAGACAGGUGAGAAACUCUGGGAGAUUCAGUGCGAGUCUCCAACCUUUACUGUAGCAUGGCAUCCAAAGAGACCACUGUUGGCAUAUGCCUGCGAUGACAAAGAGGGGAAAUAUGACAGUAACCGAGAGGCAGGAACCGUCAAGCUCUUUGGACUUCCUAAUGACUCUUGAGGACCAGUAUUACCAUGUGCUUUGUGAAGAAGCCUCAUUUGGAGGUGAAAUUAACAGUUAAUCAGUUGGACUUACUCAUAUUAGAUUACUAAUAAAUGUUGUAUAUAAUAGUUAAAAUAUCUUUUGAUGUUCAGCUCACAUAUUAUUUGAAGAGUACCACACAUGACAAACAUUUGUAAAAAUGUAAAUGUAAAACACAUUUUAAAAUUAAAUUGCAGUUCAUAUGAUGAUUUCCUCUUAUCAGAUGCAAAAUACAGCUCCUCUCGUAUACUUUAGAAUUAUGUUCUUAUUUCUUCCUUUAAAAUUGGAUGGUGCAUUAACGUUAAACGCAAUCUAGUCAGAGUGACAUUACCAUGUCUGUGUAGUAGAAGACUUGAGAAUCAUUUAGGCUAAGGAGAAUUUUGUUGCUGUUUCUUAUUGACUGUUGCCUUUCUGGAGAUGAAAAAUAUAUGGAUUAUGUCUUUGUUCAAUCUCCUGUAAAUCCAGUUUUAGAAAUCACCAGAAGAGGGCAGCACAAGCUAUUUUACUCAAAAGAGAAUGCUGGACAAACAAUUGUUGAUGUAAAAUCCACUUACAAAUGUGGCCUGCUUAAUCAUUUUUUAGUUACUUUGAAAGUAAAAAGGAAAGUGUCAAUUACAUUUCUGCUCUAAACUAUUGCUGAGAUAUAAUCAAUUAAAUGUUGAUAGAGACUAUU